AUGACCACGCUGCCCAAGUUCUCCGAGCUCGACUGGGACAUGAACAAUAUGCUUUCCUUUCCGUCGACGCAGUACGUCAACGCUGGCACUCCGGAGAGAACGUACUACGUCUACGACCACUCUGGCAAUAGAGUGCGCAAGGUAACCGAGUCUGCUGCCAGACCCGGAGAAGAACCACGCAAGCAAAGAGACACGCUUUUUCUCAGCGGCGUCGAGCUUCAGGUUCGAAGCGGGUCCGAUCUGUGGAUAGCUCGCGUGAUUGGUGACGAUACCCUAGCCAUGGUCGAAGUCAGCAGCACUCGACAGACCCCCUUGGUGCGCUUCCAGACGGGAGACGGCAUGGAGCCCGACGACCAAGCUCAGCUCGUGUCGUACGAGGAACACUCUCCGUUUGGCGCCGUUGUGUACUCGGCCGUGUACGGCGAGGUAGAAGCUCCCCGGACAUACCGAUUCGCCAAGUACGAACAUGAUCGCGAGACGGGGUUGUAUCAUUGCCAACACCGCUACUACUGCCUGUGGCUCGGCCGCUGGACCUCGCCUGAUCCUCUCGGCGAUGUAGACGGGCCCAACCUCUACGAGUAUGUCAAGAACGAUCCUGUCAACUCGUAUGACCCGCUGGGAAUGUCGAAAGUCAGCAGCACCCGAGAGAAGGCGACAGAGUUAGUGAUGGAACAGCGGACAGUUAUCCGUAAAACCAGAAUCGACAACCAUAGAGACACAGCGGGGAAUAGCGACGGACUGCCGAACGCUGUUACUGGCACAUUGCUGGACGGUGGCACAACCAGCAUGCUCACACUAUUACAACGCGCAGAACCGGGAAUACAGCUGCACCAUGUCUACCCGCAAAAAUUCAGAGCCAAAUUCGCGGCAAUAGGCAUCGACGUGGAUGUCUAUACAGUGGCCAUUGACGAAAGGGUGCACCGCAUCUGCACACUUGGGGGGAAAGACGGCGACAUCCAGCUAGAAUCUUGGAAUAAACACUGGGAAGUGUUUUUCUUUAACGAUACGCUUGAAGGUUAUGAUCAUCAGAUGUCGUUGUUGGAUAAAUGUGAUACACAGGAACAAAAAAAUGACCUCAUAUCAGGGCUGCGGUUGAAAGCGCGCAACUAUUGUGGUAUCAUCAAUGCUAUGUUUGGGAUAAACCCCGAUGUCUUCGGAGAAGCGCCAAAAUACUUGCCCUACAAGUAUGUGACAGGUAUACACGAAACUGAGGAGAAGACUGCCUUGAAGAAAUUUUACCAGACAAUCCCGGGUUCGGUGAGCACGGCGUCUAUAGCCUCCAAUGCGUCAGACAGCGGCGCAUCCACAUCAACCAGCGGCGCAUCCACACUGUCAUUUGACAUCAAGGAUCCUUCGACCCUUAAAGAGGAAAGAUUGGCAAUGGUAACGAGUUGGGGCUGGAAAAUAAAUAAUUGA